GCGGAGGAGCAGAGGCGCUGAGGGACUUCCGACUCUACGUCGUGCAGCAGGAAACAAGUGGAACUUGGGCAAGUUCUGCACAACCAGCUGUGUGCAAUGAAUGGCCAGGCUUCUCUUCUUGAUGUCCUGGUCACCAGCAGUACUGAGCAGGCAACAGUCACCAAAAACAUGAAGGCUGGGCUGGGAGCCAGCACCCCCGUCAGGCCCCAAGUGGAGACACCCCUGUGCGCCAAAGCCAAGAGCAUUGCUGGAGUGUACGUGGAAGCCUCAGGGCAGACCCAGAGUAUCUAUGCUGCUACAAAGCAGGGUCUCCUACCUGCUGUACUCGGGCUGGCUCUGCUAGAGGCCCAGGCAGCCACGGGGGGCCUUGUGGACCCCACCCAGGGCCAACUGCUCCUUGUGUCUGAGGCCCUGCAGCAGGGCCUGGUGGGGCUAGAGCUGAAGGAGAAGCUGCUGGCUGCUGAGCGUGCAGUCACUGGCUACCCUGACCCCUAUGGGGGCGAGAAGCUGGCCCUCUUCCAGGCCAUUGGGAAGAAAGUUGUGGAAAGAACUCUUGGGUGCAGAUGGCUAGAGGCCCAGCUGGCUACUGGAGGCCUAGUGGACCCCACCCGAGGUGUGCGAGUGGCCCCUGAGCUUGCCUGCCAGCAGGGCCUCUUGGACCAGGAAACAUGGCUUAGUUUGUCCAAGCUGGAGCCUGGUACAGAUGCCCUGGGUUUCCUCGACCCCAACACCCAGGAGCAGCUGCUAUAUAGCACAUUGUUAUCCAGGUGUGUGCAGGCCCCUGGGUCAGGGCUCUCUUUGCUACCCCUCAAGACCAUCUUCCGUACCCUAGGAGGGACAGCCAGUGUGGCUGAGCUGCUAGAAGCAGGAGUCCUGGACAAGGAGGUAGGCCAGGGCCUACAGGAGGGCACGCUGGCUGUGUCAGAUGUGAGCAUGCGCCCUGAGGUGCAACGCUACCUGGAGGGCACCAGCAGCAUGGCGGGCAUUGUCUUACUGCCUGAAGGCCACAAGAAAAGCUUCUUCCAGGCCACUGCUGAGCACCUGCUUCCGAUGGGCACUGCACUCCCACUCCUGGAGGCUCAAGCUGCUACCCGCACCCUGGUAGAUCCAGCCACAGGCCAGCGGCUGUGGGUGGAUGAGGCAGUCAGGGUAGGCCUGGUUGGCCCAGAGCUCCAUAAGCAGCUCCUGGUGGCAGAGCAGGCAGUGACUGGAUACUAUGACCCUUUUAGUAGUUCCAGGAUCCCCCUCUUUCAGGCCAUGAAGAAGGAGCUGGUGGACCAGAUACUGGCUCUGCGCCUUCUGGAUGCCCAGAUAGCCACAGGUGGACUGAUCUGCCCAGCCCGCAGGUUCCGGCUGCCCCUGAAGGCUGCCUUACGCUUUGGCUGCCUGGAUGAAGAGACUCAGCAAUGUCUCUCCCAGGCUGCAGGCUUCUCAGACCCCAGCACCCAUGGCAGUGUGAGUUAUGAGCACCUGUUAUCUUGCUGUAUCACUGACCCAAAGACAGGGCUUGCCUUUCUGCCCCUGGUGGGGGAGCCCCGUGGAGAAGUGCUCCAGGGACCCACAUUCAUUAAGCACCAUAUUCGACAGGCCUUGAGUGCAGCCACAGCCUCUGUCUCUGUGGGGAAGUUCCAGGGCAAACCCGUGUCCCUAUGGGAGCUGCUCUUCUCUGAGGCAGUCCCUGUGGAGCAGAGGGCACUGCUGGCCCAGCAGUAUCAGGAAGGGGCCCUCUCGAUAGAGGAGCUGGAAGCCCAGCUGAAGGCCACCAUUGAGCAGGCUGCAGCUACUACCAAAGUCACUUUUGAUGGGCUGAGAGACACUGUGACACCAGCAGAGCUGCUAAAAGCUGAGAUCAUUGACCAAGAGCUAUAUGAGAAGCUGGAACGUGGACAGGCUUCAGCCCAGGAUGUGGGCAGCCUGGACUCGGUGCAGAGGUACCUGCAAGGCACAGGCUGCAUUGCUGGUCUGCUACUGCCUGGAUCUCAGGAGCGUCUCAGCAUCUAUGAGGCCCGGAGCAAGAGGCUUCUCAGGCCAGGUACUGCUCUUAUCCUCCUUGAGGCCCAGGCUGCCACAGGCUUCAUCAUUGACCCAAAGGAAAACAAGAGAUACACUGUGGAGGAAGCUCUGAGGGCUGAGGUCAUUGGUCCUGAUGUGCAUGCGAAGCUGCUGUCGGCUGAGCGUGCCAUCACCGGCUAUACUGACCCCUAUUCCGGGGAGCGAAUCUCUCUUUUCCAGGCCAUGCAGAGGAACCUCAUUGUGCAUGAUCAUGCCAUCCGCCUGCUAGAGGCACAGAUCGCCACAGGUGGCAUCAUCGACCCUGUGCACAGCCACCGCGUGCCUGUGGAUGUGGCCUACCAGCGUGGUUACUUUGACCAAAUGCUAAACUCGAUCCUGUUGGACCCAUCUGAUGACACCAAGGGUUUCUUUGACCCCAACACACAUGAAAACCUCACCUACCUACAGCUGUUGGAGCGCUGUGUGCGUGAUCCCCAGACAGGCCUGUAUCUCUUGCCACUCAACAGCACGCAGCCCCAGCUGGUCGAUGGCUCCACCAGAGAGACCUUCCAGAAGUUGCUGCUGUCUGUAAGGUAUGGACGGUUCCAAGGACAGAGGAUUUCCGCUUGGAAACUGAUCAACUCAGAGUACUUCAGUGAAGACUGGAGGAGGCAGCUGCUGCAGCGCUAUCGGCAGCGUAAGAUUACACUCAAGCAUGUCACACAGCUGCUGGAGAGAGAGAUGAAGAGGUGGGCCAACAUCACACUACCUGCACUGCGUGGCCAAGUCACUGCCUACCAACUCCUAGAGGCUAACAUCAUUGACCAGGAGCUGUUGGACCAGGUGCUGGAGGGAGUGAUCAGCCCAGACACCCUCUUCCACAGGGACAGAGUCCACAGGUACCUUCAGGGCUCAGGUGCUGUGGGUGGCGUGCUGUUGCAGCCCUCCAAACAGAGGCUCAGCCUCUACCAGGCCAUGAAACGGAAGCUGCUAAUGCCAGGUGUGGCGCUGGCCCUGCUGGAGGCUCAAGCAGCCACUGGAGCCAUCAUAGAUCCCUGCAAUCUGGAGACACUGUCGGUGGAUGAGGCUGUGCGCAGAGGUGUGGUAGGGCCAGAGACAUACAGCAGGCUGAAGCAGGCCGAGGAGUCUGUCACUGGCUUCAGAGACCCCUUCUCUAGGAAGAGAGUAUCCUUAUUCCAGGCCAUGAAGAAGGGCCUUAUCCCUGUGGAGCAGGCCACCCGCCUCCUAGAAGCCCAGGUAUCCACAGGAGGAGUCAUUGAUCCCACGGGCCACUACCACCUCCCUAUGCCUGUGGCCAUUCAACGUGGUUGCAUUGACCAGGAGAUGGAGGCUGUCUUGUCUAGCUCUCCCAAGACUUUCCCCAUGCCGGAUGGUCAGGGACACACCAGCUAUACCCAGCUUCUGGAGCAGUGCCCCCAGGACAAGGCCUCUGGUCUUUACCUCUUACCCCUGGAAGAAAGUCCUCCUGCUGCAUCCACUGACACUCAGAUCCAGCAGACCCUCCAGGCUACACCAGGGACAGAGGAUGGCUCAUCUCUCUGGGACCUGCUCAACUCCUGCCACUUCACUGAGGAGCAGCGCAGGGGCCUCUUGGAGGAUGUGUGGGUCGGGAGGAUCUCUGUGUCACAACUGCAAGCCACUGUGUGCAGCCAAGUACGAGAGGCAGAGCUCCUGGCCUGGACCCGUGUCACAGUUCCAGGGCCAAGGGGAGAGAUCCCUGCUGUCUGGCUGCAGGAUGCAGGCAUCAUCACCCAGGAGACACUGGUGGCACUGGCUCAGGGUACACAGUCACCAGCCGAGGUUGCUGAGAUGCCUGCUAUAAAGGCAUGCCUCUGGGGGACAGGCUGUGUGGCCGGUGUGCUGCUACAACCCUCUGGGACCAAAGUGAGCAUUGCCCAGGCUAUGAAGGAUGGUCUACUGCCCAUGGGCCUGGGCCAGAGGCUCCUAGAGGCCCAGGUUGCAUCUGGCUUCCUUGUUGACCCACUGACCAGCCAGAGGCUGUCAGUGGAAGAGGCAGUCAAGGCUGGCCUGGUGGACAAGGCACUGAGCGAGCAACUCAAACAGGCUGAGAGGGCUGUGGUCGGGUAUGCUGAUCCUUACACAGGGGGCUCCCUAUCGCUGUGGCAGGCCAUGGAGAAAGGGCUUGUGCCCCAGAUAGAGGGCUUCCCCCUUCUUCAGGUGCAGCUGGCCACAGGAGGGGCAAUGGAGCCUGUUUAUGGGGUGCACCUGCCCCAGGCAGGGGCCUGCAGGCUUAGAGUCCUGGAUGAACAGACCAGCCAGACACUGACAACCACCAAAGAGAACAAUAAGUUCUUCUUUGACCCCAAUGCCAGGGAAAAAGUGACUUACCAGCAGCUCAAGGAGCGAUGUGUGCUGGACAGUAACACUGGCCUGUGGCUGCUGCCAUUGGCCCAGGACACUGUGCUUGAGGUAGAUGACCACACUGCUGUGGCGCUGAGGGCCAUGAAAGUGCCCAUCGGCAUGGGGAGGUUCCAGGGGCGCAGUGUGUCACUCUGGGACCUGCUGCACUCUGAGUACAUCAGUGCAGACAAGCGUCGGGAUCUGGUGGCGCUCUGUCAGACUGGGCGAGCAGAAGCCCUGCGGCAGGUAGUCACUGCAAUCACUGCCCUGGUGGAGGCUGCAGAGAGCCAAGCACCAAAGGCCACCUUCAGAGGGCUCCGGAAACAGGUGUCUGCCAGUGACCUAUUCAGGUCUCAGCUGAUUAACAAGCAGACACUGGAUGAGUUGACUCAAGGGAAAAGGACAGUGGAAGAGGUAACAGAAAUGGACAGUGUAAGGAAAUCCCUGGAAGGAGGCAACUUCAUUGCUGGCGUCCUUAUCCAGGGUACCAAUGAGAAGAUGAGCAUCUCUGAGGCCUUGACAAGGAAUAUCCUGCGGCCUGGCACAGCCCUGGUGCUCCUGGAAGCACAGGCAGCCACCGGCUUCAUCAUUGACCCAGUGGAAAACCGGAAGUUGACUGUGGAGGAGGCAUUCGCAGCUGGGAUGUUCAGCAGGGAAACUUACGUGAAGUUGCUGUCAGCUGAGCGUGCUGUCACCGGCUACACUGAUCCAUACAACGGGGAGCAGAUCUCGCUCUUCCAGGCCAUGCAGAGGGACCUCAUCGUGCACGACCACGGCAUCCGCCUGCUGGAGGCCCAGAUCGCCACUGGUGGCAUCAUUGACCCUGUGCACAGCCACCGUGUGCCAGUAGACGUGGCCUACCAGCGUGGCUAUUUUGAUGAGGAGAUGAACCGUAUCCUGGAAGACCCCAGUGAUGACACUAAAGGCUUCUUUGACCCCAACACACAUGAGAAUCUCACCUACCUGCAGCUGCUAGAGCGCUGUGUGGAAGACCCAGAGACAGGCCUAUACAUGUUACAAAUUGUAAAGAAAGGACAGACCUACACAUACAUUGAUGAGGCCACAAGGCGCACACUGCAAUCCAGAACUAUAUCAAUGCAUGUGGGGAGGUUUGAAGGCCAGACAGUGUCUGUCUGGGAUGUCUUGUGCUCUCAGUACUUCACAGAGAAAAAGAAGAAGGAGUUAGUGUGGGAGUACAAAACUCAGAACAUGGACCUGGACAAACUUUUGGCAGUCAUAACCACCACUAUUGAAGAAACAGAAAAGCAAACCCAAGUCAUCAAGGUGUCAGCCAUCCAGGGGGAUGUGACAGUUGCAGAACUGUUCAAUUCUGGGGUCAUCAACAAGAAGACCCUGGAUUCAAUUUAUAGUGGGGAGACUGGGUGCCAGGACCUCCGUCAGCUGGAGCAUGUGAACAUCUACCUGGAGGGCACUGGCUGCAUUGCUGGGGUGACUGCACCCUCCACUGGAGAGGUCCUGAGCAUUGAGGAAGCCAGCCGGAAAAAGCUCAUCCCUGCAGGUUUUGCAGCCCAGCUGUUGGAGGCUCAGGCAGCUACUGGGUUCAUGCUUGACCCCCAUACCCACCAGAAACUAUCUGUGAAGGAAGCUAUAGAGGCUGGCUUGGUAAACAAAGAGCUGCAGGAAAGGCUUUUGGCUGCAGAGAGAGCUGCAAAGGGCUAUACUGACCCAGCCACAGGGGAAAUGAUCCCACUGUUCCAGGCCAUGAAAAAGAAGUUAGUCCAGAGAGAAGAUGCCCUGAGGCUCCUUGAGGUGCAGGUAGCCACAGGGGGCAUCGUGGAUCCCCUGCACCACCAUCGGCUGCCACUGGAAACAGCCUACAGACGUGGAUGUCUACAUGAGGACAUAUAUGUACUCAUUGCAGAUCAGAAGCACAUGAAGAAAAGGUUUGUGGAUCCCAACACACAGGAGAAAGUCACUUAUCAAGAGCUUCAGAAUAGAUGCCAGAGGGAGGAGCCUGGCUGGACUCUAUUUCCAAUGAUCAGAGAACCGAAGGAUGCUACAUACGUGGAUGAGGCAACCAAAAGAGCCUUUGAGGCAGAGAAGGUAGAUAUAAAGAUGGGAAGGUACAAAGGCCAGAGGCCGUCUCUAUGGCAGCUGCUAAACUCAGAAUAUGUAACAGAGGACAAAAAGAUGGAACUGGUUAGAAUAUACAAAGCAAAAACAACACGAGCGCUAGAAAGAGUAGUUCAUAUUAUUCUACAAAUAAUUGAAGAAAAGGAAACUCAGACAAAGGAACUGUGGUUCAGAGGUAUCCGAACACAAAUAAGAGCAGGGGAGCUCUAUAAAUCAAAUAUUAUAACAAAGGAGACAUUGAUAGAACUACAGCAAGGAAAGAGUACAGUAGCACAAAUUGAGAAAAAACAAGAGGUUAAAACAUACCUAGAGGGCACCAGCUGCAUCGCGGGCGUCCUGGUGCCCAGCAAGGCCGAGCCCGGCCGCCAGGAGAAGAUGAGCAUCUACCAGGCCAUGUGGAAG